AGUGACUAUAAUUAGAGCGCCGUUUCAUUCAAGUGAAACUCCCUGUGUUCCAAGACGUGACUCUUCCCUCAUCGACCGACACUUGAGCCAUGCAAGGCGGCUUCGAAUAUGCCUCCCAGCCGAGGUCGGUGGCCGUGAAGCGGUCCAAGUACCGCGAACCCACCGCUCCAGCUUCGAACAACGACAAGGGACAGAACCUCAUGUACGAUCGCCGCAUUGUUCGAGGUAGUACCUACGCCAAGCCGGUCGUCCUCGAGGACACAGCUGCGACGUCCCCCGCACGUCCGUCGCGGCUGCCCAAGAAGGUUCAAGAAGUGGACAGUCUGGCCAGUUCGACUCGACCGCUCACUCCACCGCCGAUGGAUGGUCGACAGCACAUGGACAUCCAAACGGAGAACUACUUGGAGGAACUGACAGACAAAGUCCCUGAAGCGGACGUCGAGACGCAGACGGAAGCCUUUAUGGACCAGUUGCCGGUACCUCUGUUUGUGCCGCAAAAGAGGGGCGUCGACGCGAGCACGCAGAUCGAUCAUGGCGACUUGUUCGAUUUUGACCUGGAAGUAGCACCGAUCUUGGAAGUGCUUGUGGGCAAAACGCUGGAAGUGAGUGUGAUGGAGGUGCUCGAAGAAGAGGAGGUCAAGGAGCUGCGCACCCGACAAGACAUAUUUGAGCAAGCGCGCAACGCCGAACUGGCUGAAGUCCAGCGGCUCGAGGCAGAGGCGAAGCGGAAGCAGGAGGAGAAGACGCGGCGACUGGAAGAGGAGAAGGCGCGGGUGGUGGCGCAGGCCGAAUUGCAGGAGAAGCUGGCGGCACGGUCGUUCGCCAAGCAUUACCUGGCAGACUUGCACACGGCGGUGUUCUCGACACUCGUCACGACCGGCCACUUCCAGGACCCCAUGGAGAAGGAAGUCACGGAAGCGUUCAUGCCGUACUUGAUUCAACGGGCAUGUGUGAACGUCGAGCAAAUCGCGUUCUCCCGCGCACUUGCCGAAGUGUUGGUCGACGAAGCGAUCCACAAGACGUCGUCGUCAUUCGAUCCCGUUAGAGUAGUCAACAGUUCGCCAACGUCGUCCGUGUAGUAGUAGUAUUAAUCACAGAUUCAUGCAUGUAUAUAUUACAUA